AGUCUUUAAGAGUGGAUUUAAGUGUUAUUUGUAAGAGACAUGCAUUGUACACACCAGUGUAUCCACUCUUAGAUCAUGUCAACAUGCAAACUUUAGACAUAUAGAUUUAUUUGUGAUAAACUUCUGGAUAAAGUUGCAGAAAAGUUAUAAAAAGUGAAUAAAAAGGUUGCAGAAAGUUCUUAAAAAGUACUGGGUUGAUGUCAAGGGUUUUAUUAAUGCAUCACUCGCAUGAUUGAUAUCAAAUAAAACACACAUGUUUUAAAUGGACAAGGAAAAGAAAAGUGAACUAAGUAAAGGAGAUUGCCAACAACUUAGAUGUGAAUUUGUUAACAGUUAGGUUUUAAAAUGGAAAAGGAAUGACAUGAGAAAUGGAUGGAAUGACAAAAGAAUGUAACAGAAAAAUGGAAUGGAAAAACUAAUUUGUUAACAGGUAAAGUUGAUAAACAAUUGACAUUGUGACUAUAAAAGUUCAGAUAUACAUUGUAUUGUUAUCAGUGUAUAUUCGAGUAUACUUAUGAUCUAGUACAUGUAUGUAUUGGAAUAACAAGUUAGCUCACUUAAGAUUCACGCAGAAAUAUAUGAGGACAAAGAAUAGAUAUAUUGUCAAAUGAUUCGGGAUAUUUUGAAAACAUUUGUUUGUUUGACAAUAUUGAUGAACAAGCAACGAAUUGACAAAGCAACAUGAAUGUAGCCACUAAAAUAUUGAAGAAAAGUGUUUUAAUUUAUAUGGAACCAACCCUCAAUCAAUAUCACCUUUGAUAGAGUAACUAUUGCACUGGAUAUAUUAAAUUGAUCCUGUAACUGUAACGUAGCAACUGUCACCAUGGGAACACCAAUUGAUAGUGUAAAGAACCAAACAUACCUUGAGUACCAAAUUCCAACUUCAUAUAAAGUUGAGUGGCACUCGGAUUGUAUUCCAAAAUCACCAGGAUCGUUGAGUCGGGCAUCAUCUGUGAAAAGUAUCCCAUCCCUUAUAUCUGCGGAAAUAUGUGAUUGCAGCACAUGUGGUGAUUUCUGUAAAUCUGGAUGCCCCAAUAGACAUUCAAAAGGUGGCAGCAAUAGGCCUCUGACUUCCUCUUUUUCUCAGGUUGAUUCUGAUUCUGAUUAUACAUCAAAUAACAGUUAUAAUAUGCAUAGUCGCCAUAGAAACAAAAGUUCAGACAAAUAUAGAAGUAACCAAUCAGGUGAACCCCAGAGAAAUGCUACAGUCAAAAUGGAAGUGUCAAAUCCUGGAUAUCUGAAACAGAAUGCUCCCAAAUCUCAGCUGGAGUCUGGUAAUAACAAAAUAAAUGCUCUCAGAAGCGAGCCCACAACAACAUUUCCAGAGUAUGUUAUCACAGUUCAAAAUGGAAAAAACGAACCAUCACAACUUCACAAUCAAAAUCUUCCAGGCAAUAAACAAGGAAAAGUUGUUAAGCUUAUUGCUGGAUUUGAUAAAAACCCUAGCAACCCGAACAAUGGCAGUCUAGGUAAAAAUCACCAUGGAAAUGAUUUGGAAGUGAAUGGUGAUAAUGUUGUGAAAAUGCCUGAUGACAUUCAAGUUGGUGAGGCUCAGAGAAAGUCUGCGAUUGGGGAUAAUCUGGAAAAUGUGAAUCCAGAGAAUAUUGUUUGCUUCUACGAAAGCCAAAGUGAUAUGCCGGAGAGUCACAAUGACAGUUUUUGUAGCGAUAUAUCUGAGAGUAUUCCAUCAAGCUCUGAGGACUUUGCAAAUACAAUGGAUCUUCAUGCUAGUACCCCUGUACAUAUGAGCCCUGUUACACUUGAGAAACAUGGAUAUCCUCAGAAACCUGGAUAUUAUGAUGAGAUUCAUGGACACAGUAGAGAAAAACCUGGAUAUAGUAGACAUGGGAUUAAUAAUAAUAUAAAACCUGUAUCUUACCGCGACAAUGAUGGCACAGUUGAAAAAUAUGGAUACAAAGAGAAAUAUGAACACAAUAGAGAGAAACUUGAACAAAAUGACAGAAAACAUGGAUAUAAUGAUGACAAACACAGAUAUAAUAUAAGUGAUUGUGUAGAAAAUCCUGAUCAAAUUGACUUGAAAAACAACAAUAAAAAUGAUGGUUACUAUGGAAACAAUGAUUUGGACAUUGAUGAAGAUGCAUUCAUGCCUAUCCCCUAUGCUCAAAGUGAUGAGGAUAUUCAUGGUUACCAUAGCAACACCACUGGUUAUCAUAGCAACAC